AAAAAGUUCAGAGUGAGUUUAUUGAGGUUUUGAUCAACUGUGAAAGGAUGCAGUUGGACGUUGGAAAAGACACCAACACCAACAGCGUCAACAGGGGGCCAGAAUGCUGGAGCUUAAGAUCGCCUCUAACCCAGGUAGGGAUAGUGUCGCUUGGCUAUCAGCUCACAGACAUCCGGCAGGCAACUAAGGCUUAGACCCCUGUCUCAACGCCAAUGACGAAACCCAACUGGAGACAGUUUGGAUCACUUUUUUGCGGCCAAAAAGUCGAGUUUUGCGACAGCAUACCAAAGUAUUUCGGGCCAAUAUCCAAGCGCUGCGCACCUUCGUCUCGCUUUCUACCAUAUAUACGAGGAAAUGAUGCAAUGAACAUCUAACCAACGUGAUACCCCAUCAAAUUACUCUUCUCCCACAUCCACAAUGUCAUCCCUCACCAGCAACAACAAGGUGCAACUAGCCGCAACAGCCGUCGUCUCCGCAGCCGUCGCCGCCGGCGCAAUCCUUAGCUACCAACGACUCCAAAAAGACUCACGGCUCAACCGCUUAAAGCAGUCCAUUCCCAACCCAGGCGACGACGAAUCCGGCGUCCAAAAACUCACCCGCGUCGGCCCCCUCCCCAAACCCGACAAAGAAGACGAACACAACUUCCUCCUCGCCCAGCGCGCCCAAGCAGGCGACUUCGACGACGAACUCAUCCUCGAGCAGCUCGCCCGCAACCGCGUCUUCCUCUCCGACCAAGGCCUCUCCAAACUCCGCAAUGCCUUCGUGAUCAUCGUCGGCUGCGGCGGCGUUGGCUCUCACGCCUGCGCCGCCCUCUCCCGCUCCGGCGUGAGCAAAAUCCGCCUCAUCGACUUUGACCAAGUCACCCUCUCCUCUCUCAACCGUCACGCCGUCGCCACCCUCGCAGACGUCGGUCUCCCCAAAGUCCAGUGUCUCCAGCGCAGGUUGUGCGCCAUAACACCGUGGAUAAAGUUUGAUCUGAGGCUUCAAAAGUUUGAUGGGUCGGUGGCGGGGGAUCUACUCGGGGAUUGGGAAGGCGGGCAGAGGCCGGAUUUUGUGAUUGAUGCAAUUGACAACAUUGAGAGCAAGGUCGAGCUGCUCAAGUACUGUCACGACAAUGGGCUGCCUGUGAUUUCGGCCAUGGGGGCGGGCACGAAGAGCGAUCCCACCAGGGUGAUGGUGGGGGAUAUCGGGGCGAGUUUCGAGGAUGGGCUUUCCAGGGCGACGAGGAGGAAGCUGAAGCUUUUGGGGGUCACGAGCGGGAUUCCGGUGGUGUACUCGACCGAGAAGAUGGGCGAGGGCAAGGCGGCGCUUUUGCCGCUGUCGGAGGAGGAGUUCAAGAAGGGGGAUGUCGGGGAUUUGGGUGCGCUGCCGGAUUUUAGGGUGAGGAUUCUGCCCGUGUUGGGAACUAUGCCGGCGGUUUUUGGAUAUGUGGCUGCGAAUCAUGUCAUUUUGAAGAUCACCGGCUACCCAAUGGACUACCAACCCGCCAAGGCCCGCGACAAGAUGUACGAGGCCAUCCUUGCCUACGUCCAGGCCAGCGAGGAGAAGGUGGUGCGCAUGAUCGAAGGAGGCCGCACCGACGUCUGCGUCGGUCUCAAGGUGCCCAUCACACCCGGAGACAUCGCCUUCUUGGUCGAAGAGGCCUUCAGAGGUAGAAGUGCCGUGACCGGCGUCCCCACAAAGCUCAUGCUCAUCCGGUGGAGGAAGCCCGCCACCACCACCCUCGUCCGCAUCGGCGAGGGCAAAGCCGAGCAAAAGUCUUCCAACCUCAGGCUCCGUGAUUUGGUCUGCAUGACCAAGGAGGAGGCUGUCAGGCAUCAGAAAGAGGUGCUUUUGGGCGACAAGUCUCUCGAGGACCUCUACAGCCAAGAGGUCAUCGAGCUCGUGGAGAGGAAGCAAAAGGAGGCCGAGGCCUAUGAACGGCACAGGCCUUGAACACAGUAAAGUAAAAGCCAAUAUAGCCUAUGAACCCAACCUCGAUGAUCCAUCAAUCACCAUUGAAUGACGGCUUUACUUCCAACACAUGCGCCUCGGCACUAAUCAGUUUCAGAGAAACCUCGAAAUCCUUUUUGAGACAUCACAGAUGCCAAGAGAUUUCGUUCAGAUUAGUAUCUGUGUGGUGUCAAAUAACUAAUUCGCAGACCAUGAGAUUCCCCGAAAAGCUAAUGCUGGUUCAAACCAAUGUGGUUGUUCCACUGCUACUACCGCUGCCUUAUAGCCACCACAAAUGGCCACGACAACAGUGCAUUCAGGUAUGCCUCUUUACCGCGUUGACACCUUCUCCAUCUGCAUACCAACACCAUGGCAUAUCCUCCCCUUGUUGUACCACUUGACCUCAGGCAACAGCUCCGCCGUCACCCACCUGGCUGUCUUGGCAUGCAAACUCCCCUCUCCAAACGGAAUGAUAGUCUUAUCCUUCUGUAACUUCUCAUCCAGGCUGAGCUUGUUCAUGGCCUGCUCCAACUCGCCAUUCUCAUCAUGAGUCCGCGGGAACGACGUCUUUCCCUCAGCCAAAGCCUGGAAAAUCGCCAGCUGGUCCUGCAAAAACUCAUCCACCACGCCCCCCGCAGAAACUUCGUCAAACAGUUCCUUGCACAACUUCCUCGACAAACUCUGACUCAACGACUCCGAGCUCAUCGCCGACACCUUAGUCUUUGUCUUCUUCGGCGUCGAAGAAACAUCUCCUCCAAGUCUGUCACGAGUGCCUGCAUCAUGGACUCUUGCAUGGCAAAGGGGACGAUCAUCGACACGUCAAUAGCUUCGAGAUCGACAUCCCCCGGACCACCGCCGUAAAUCUCGCCCAACCCAUUGUCCUUGAACGUUAACGUCUCUCCUGCCCUAAGAGGGUUGAACUGAAACGAGCACUUUCCCCGUGAUGCUUUACCCAGACUCCACCCGCGGGAAAUCAGCUUCCGCUGCACGACGAUGCCAAAGGCGUUUUCGAGGGUUGGUAAGAGGACUUGGUCGAGAUACUCGUAGCUGAGGGAGAAGGAGACGUUGGUUCCGCCCGAGAGUUCGAGCGUUAUUGGCUCGUCGACCUUGUCGCUGCUGCCAGAAAAUAGAAGGAAGGGAAAGAUGGCCUGGAAGAUGAGGAGGGUCGAAGCGGCGGGGGAGUCGGCUUCGAUCUUGAUGGUGCGGGAUUUGAGGGAGGAGGACUUGAGGCGAGGGCGGAAAUCGAGGGUGUGAGAGCCGACGGAGAGUCCGUCGACUUCGGCGUUGGUUGCUGUGGCGAGAUAUUCGAUGGCGGUGACGUGUUGGGAUUUGAGACCUACGGGGAGUUUGUUAGUCAAAGGGCAGUGAUGAGGGGAGGAAAACAAGAAACUAACCUCCGCCUUUGGCACCUCCCCGAGGGCCUUCACGAUUCCCACGGACAUGUGUUAUGCGGAUUGGGACGGUGGCGACGGCGGCGAGGGCACAUGCUAUGCGCACCAGCUGGCCACCUCCUUCACCUGUCCUCCCGUCGAGUUCGAUAACGGGUCGUUGCUUUUCCAUAUUGGCUGUUGUUGACGACACGCCGUAUUCAGUGGUGGUUAUUAUUGUUGUUGUUGUUGAGUGUUGAAUGUUGUGGUUGUUGUGAGUGGGGUUGAGAGGCUCACUUGGUGGUGGGGGAGGGGGGAGGAAGGUGACCUCUUCUGCUGACUUUCCGCUUUUACGCCAGCUGUUGUCUCCUGGUGGGGGGAAUUUGCCUGUUUCUUUUUAAUAAAAAAAUCGAUUUCAAAUGCAACAGUUGGGGCGGUUUAAAUUCCGAUAACAAGUUUUGAGCAAGAGCAACCCGGGCUAGAAGAUAUGCGAGAUGACAAGAGAGAGGGAGAGGAAGGAGCGACUUGGCUUUCUUCGAAAUAUGACCUCGACGAUUGGCAAACGGAAAACCAACCACGUUUGGAUCAAACAAGAGGCGGUAUGGCACAGCUUUAAAAAGGGAUGAAGGCCAAGUUAUAACUGCGUUUGACAGUUGCGUCGCAUUUAUCAUGCCCUUGACAGCAAGGGAGUACGCGCCACAGCCCAGUUCUUCAGGCUCGUCGUCGUAGAUCAACAACAAUUCUUAGUGGUGCUUAGUGUUUGCUCAAUACCCCGGGCUGAGUCACACGGCGGCCGGCUGAGGACCUGGGCUUGAUAAAAAUGGAACCGAGGCGCUAAAUAGUCACUUGAAAUCCACC